CCACACUCUUGGCUGACCGUUUUGUUCUUCAAAUCUAUCUGCACCGUCUUUUUGAUCCCAUUGGUCUGCUCACGGCUCCCACUCGCUGCUCACUGCUCGCUGCUCACUGCAUUUGCAUUAUCACAGAUUAUCAAAGGUCCUUUUGGAUCAUGAGAGCCCCGACGGGCUUUUUGGUGUUCGGCGUCCACUGUCCAUCCCCGAAUCCUUCGCUGGCCUGGCUUUACUCCAUGGGGGCGAGUUUGCGCCGAAGAAGAAAAAGAGGAGGAGGAGGAUAACGCUAUCACGGUAUCACCACCACCAACUCAACUACCGUCCAACAGCAGCAAUAGCUCCAAAUGCCGGGGGGCCGUAAAGUCAUGUUGGUUCCAGGUCCCAAAAGGUCCCAUCAUGAAGUUUGGUUGCAAUUCGCAGAGCAAUCGCGCUCCGUUUGUCUGCCGGCCACUCAGAGGCUCCUCAGCGCGCAAAAAACAGGCGCAAGCGCUUGAGACAUCUACUACAGCCACGGUACUUGGAACCACUGAAGAAAUUACACCUGCAGCACCGUACCGACCCCGUGUCUGCACUGCACGGGCUGCGUGGUCUGGGUGCAACCAACCGCGCCCACCUGGCCCUCUCCCGUCCCCUCGACCCCUUCUCUUGGGUCGCCGACUCUCCCGUCUUCAGCAAAGACAUAGUUGCUCCCCGGAUUCCGCGCCCUCGAUCUCCACGGCGAUGUCUUGUUGCCGUGACCCUGCCGCUCUGUCCGCCAACUCUGCGAGCAUGUCAGUGCAUGUCCACACAAGCAGGUCUGGGGAAAACCAUACAGACAGCCAGCCCAGCAUGAUUCGGGACCGUCUCGACCUCGGCCUUUACGCAGCAGCAAAGUAGCACUGUGAAGAUGGCAUAGCUGUUCCCCCCUCGCUCCCGAGGGCGUUGGCGCGGUCUCCCGCUUCCCCGUCCCGGUCGCCGAGUGGUCUGGCAGGGAACGCUCGCACCAACAGCUUGCCAAAAAGCAACUCUUGCCCGCCUGCUCCGGUGUGACUGCCAACAGCCCUGUCGAUGGCCCCCGCAGGAGAGCCAAAACGUUCCCCACCCCAGAGCUGGAAACGGGGUUCCAACAGCUCAAACGAGGUGCCUGUUGUCUGCAGGUCGAGUGUCUGCUCAUCACCUUAUCCUGGCCGCUACGCUACUUUUAGACUCCCUGUGACCCUUGAUACGCAGGCGUUCCCAAACCGGUGUAGCGUUGCUAUUUUUCCAUGUCACCACCUCUCUUCUUCCCGAGUUGGGACCUGCCCCUCCCACACCUCACAGUCGACAGCCCCUGGACAGAGUUGCCCUGCCACACCCAACAUCUAGUACAAUGGCCUGUUCAGUCAGAUCUUGCCCUUUCCGGCUGGUGCCCGCCAGCCUUGUUCCCCAUGUCACUUUUGUCUCUUUUGCGAGCAGGGGGUGCUCGUUGGACCUGAACCCACCCCCAAAAUCCUUCUCUCUCUCCUACCCCAGGGACGCCCCCCCAGUCUCUGUUGUGCGUCUCUCGAGGCACACCCCCCCUUGACCCCUGGUCAGGUUCAGCACCAUGAAGGGAACCCGCACAUCUUCAACGAGAAGCGCGUCUGGACGAACAUGGGCACGCUCUUUUAUUAGCCAGGCAGGCAACCUUGUUCUUCCACAUCUGCAAAUGUUAUAAGAUACCCUGGUUGUCUGCCUCGUCCAGACACACCCAGCUUUUGCUCCCACAGCCUGCCUCAGAUUUAUGGAAUAGCAUCUCAACAAGUGAAGAGCCUUCUUGUUCAUGCUUUGCCUGUUCGCACGCACCUGAAAGUGGUCUCGCAAAUCAAGACCUGUGCCCUUCUCGGUCUUUCCCUAUAUCUGGCCUGCCUCCCCCUCCUACUCGAUUCAGUACCUCGACGUGUUUGAACACCAAUCGGACUCGAGAACGUCUGACUGGGCGAGCAUCCCCUGGCCGCUUCCAACAAACAUCGUCAUCCUUCUUACCCCCCCUAUCUUACUCACAGGUGCUGUGCACACACGCACCAACCACCACCACCACCACCACCACCUACCUCAAUAAAUAGACCCAAGGCACCCAGCCUCAACCACCAACCAUGGAUCUCACACCGCCUGCUCUCACCAGGUCGCCAUCCACCCCAGCGCACACCUACUGCCCUUCAGAGAGGUCCUCGCUCGACUACCCAUCACCUGGACUUGAGCAACAGUACAAGAUCUCGUCGUUAUAUGGGGAGCCGUCCUGCGCCGUGACCCCUCCCAUGGACACUGACAACUCACUGCCACCACUCGACUCGAUGAGCCAAUCUUGGGACAACACCGUCAUCCACCAUCCCAUGUCUUCUGCCUCCAGCAUGCCUAGCAUCCUCUCCUCAGAGUAUGAGAGCUUCAACAGCUACUCAUACGGCCACGACGUCUACCACUCCCACCCUAGCCACGCCCACUCGAUCCACUCGUCGACUCCUCCACCGACUGGCUCUGCCCCCCGAUCACCUGCCAUCCAGCCCAGGUCCAUGCCUUACACUCCCGCCACUUCCGUGCCCGGCUCCAUGACACCCCGGGUCAAGAUGGAGGGCACCCCUUCCGAGUACGGCCACAUGGAGGCGUCCCAGUACCCAUCACCCCGAUCUGUUCACACCUCGUUCCCUUCGGACAACGGUCCCUACACGGGCAGCUCAGCCGGCUAUCUUUCCGACAGCGGAUCCUCGGCCACCUGGCACAAGCCCGACUACCACCCAGUAGAGCCAGACCAGUUCUACCCGGGGGCGGCCAGCGGGCCACAGGCCUCGAGCUUCAUGUACGACGCCAAGCGACAGUUCCGGGUCCAGCGGCCACGAAGGGCGCCCCGCCGGCUGACGACCAAGGAGGAGGCCAACUUUGUCUGCGAGGUCAAGGGGUGCGGCAAGAUGUUCAGCCGCAGCUACAACUUCAAAGCGCACAUGGAGACGCACGACGAGAAGAGGGAGUAUCCCUUCCCCUGCCAGGUGACGGACUGCAACAAGAAGUUUGUGCGCAAGACGGAUCUCCAGCGCCACCACCAGAGCGUGCACAUGAAGGAGCGGAACCACAAGUGCGAUUACUGCUCGAGGAUGUUUGCCAGGAAGGAUACCCUUAGGAGACACAUGGAAGACGGCUGCUCCAAGCGUUUUGACAUUGGGACUCUGGACCUUCGGGCGGAGAGCUUUGAUCCGAGCAGCAUGCAUCACAACCGGGGGAUGGGACCCGCCAUGGGGCACAUGAUCCCGCCACCGGGGGGGUUGCCGCCCAUGGCUAUCCCUCCGCUGUGCAGCACUUCUGUUUUGGGGUCGAUGCAGCCGACGAUGAGGAGGGAUGAGCAUCACCACUCUCAGGUUCAUCCUUGGGGGAGGUGAUUGAACUCGCUCGACAUUUUCUUAUAUUUUAUAUCUUAUGCUUCAGGAUUGUAUUUGUGAUGGAAUUAUAUUAGAUACCAAAGGCGCCUCGGGAUUUGGGAAGCUGGGUGGUGGUUGGUG